AUGCCCAAUAACAUUCGUCAGCUGUUUGCAAUUAUUUUGACGACGUGUUAUCCAUCGCAAGCACAAACUUUAUGGGAAAAAUAUAAAAAUUGCAUGACAGAAGACAUAUUGCACCGAAUUAGACAAACAGAUCAAUGCCAAAACAUAGAUUAUACGCCAGAGAUGUAUAAUGAAGCAUUGGUGUUGAUUGAGGAUUUAUGUGUUCUAAUUUCAAAUUUACCACUUAAUCAUUAUGGUAUGCCAUCACGUAAUCGCCCAGCUACUGACUUAGUCAAUACUAAUUUACAACGAGAACAACAAUAUGACCAUGGAAAUUUAGCCACGAUUAUCACGAACAGUGAGCCAUUACUAACAGCAAAACAAAAAAUUACUAAUAGCAAAACCGUUGCAUCGUCAGGCAUUGCGGCUACUUUACUAGAUGGUGGGCGAACGGCACAUUCAACAUUCAAGCUGCCAUUAGAUAUUCAUCAUAAACCAGAUGCAAUGUGUAACAUCAAAAAGAAUAGUGGAAUAGCUGCAGUGUUGCGGAAGAGUUCUAUAAUAAUUUGGAAUGAGUGCACAAUGGCGCACAAAUAUUCACUUGAAGCAUUGCAUAGAACUAUGCAGAAUUUAAACAGCAAUAAUAAACUUUUCCGUGGUACUAUCUUACUUUGUCUGUUGAUUUCCGUCAGACCUUACCGGUUAUACCUCGCUCAACUUUCGCGGAUGAGAUUAAUGCAUUUGCAAAAUGAUACAUCAGCACAAAUAUUUUCCGAGCAAUUACUAGAUAUUGGGAACGGUAAAAUAGAACUGCAACCAAAUACGCAAUGCAUCAAACUGCCAGACAAUUUUUGUACUGUUCUUCAAGAUAAAAAUGAAUUGAUUCAGAGUAUUUUUCCGGGUAUACAGAAUAAUUACUUGAAUCAUAAUUGGCUCAGUCAUCAGGCGAUUUUGGCAGCCAAAAAUGUUGAUGUUGACGAAAUUAACUUCCAGAUACAACAGUUGUUACCAGGCGAUCUGAUGUCUUUUAAAUCAAUCGAUACUAUUGUUGAUGAAAAUGAAAGUGUAAAUUUUCCAACUGAAUUUUUGAAUUCACUAGAUAUACCUGGAAUGCCACCCCACAAUCUUCAAUUAAAGAUUGGUUUCCCGAUUAUUCUCCUACGUAAUUUGAAUUCACCUCAAUUAUGCAACGGUACACGUUUGAUCAUCAAAAAGAUCACCGGAAACAUUCUUGAAGCAACCAUUUUAACUGGGAAGUUUAAAGGAAAAGUGGUCCUAUUGCCACGUAUUCCAAUGAUACCGUCAGAUUCUACCAUACCUUUCAAACGGCUACAGUUUCCAAUUCGUUUAGCUUUUGCCAUGUCAAUAAAUAAGUCUCAAGGCCAAACAAUGUCCAUUUGUGGUUUAGAUUUGGAAAAUCCGUGUUUUUCUCAUGGGCAAUUAUAUGUUGCAUGUUCACGUGUUGGGAAACCGUCAAAUCUAUUUGUGUUUGCUAAAGACAGGUUAACCAAAAAUAUUGUGCACCGAUUAGUGCUAAAUUAA